CAGAGACAUAAGUGUGAAAUGAAAAAUGAGCACCGAGUCAAAGUGUUGUCUCAGACACGAAUAAAUUCUCUUCUUUUUCCUUUUUCAGCUUUUUUUCCUAUUUAUUUCAUUUUUUUUUGUCGCAAAAUCAUUUAAAGCGACAGGUAGGCCAAAAACAAGGAGAGUAGUGUGUGAAGUGAAGUGUGAGCCCAACCACCACCCUCAAAGCUGGAAAACUUUGUUCUUUUCUUUCUUCUUCUUCUUCCGCUCCGACCAAAGAUGCUUUGUCUCAAAUCCGAAGCCCUCCGUGAAGAUCAGACCUUAGCUUCCUCUUCUUCUUCUUCUCCCAGCAUCGAUCGUACCGCCGCAAAUGCCACUUUUCGUAUUCCCAUCAACUGGGGAAGCUCGAUCCGGAGGUAUUUGAAAAAGACUGGUACUUUCUCAAGAAGAUCUUACUCCUCUGGAGAUGGCUCUUUGUAUUUUCCUGAUCUAGAUGUAAAUAAUGAAAGCAAGAUUCUUGAUCAAACUAGUGGUAGAUUUGAAGGUAAAAGUAGAGUCUGGUACAAAUGUGAGCUUGAACAAGAUAUUAAGAAGCUGCAGCAGCAGUUACAAGAAGAGAUAAACUUACGUUUAGCUCUAACGAGUGCUGUUGAGCACUCUAGUUCUCCCUUUAUGGAAUCACCUUGUCAACUUCCUGAUAAGGCACAAGAGCUUUUGGACAGCUUAGCCGUACUGGAGAUCACAGUGUCAAAGCUUGAGCAAGAAUCAGUUUCCUUGAGAUAUUUACUAAGGCAAGAGAAGAACGAACGGCGUCUCACUGAGAUUCUACAAAAGAAGAAGUCUCAUUAUUGUGCGCCUUCAAAGCUCACUAAUGCACAAAGUUUCCCUAACAAGUUGGUGACAAGGAAAAGAGAGAGUAAACAAGUGGUUUCUGUGGAUGAUGAAGCUUUACAAAUAGACUGAAGAAGAAUAGAAAGAUUGAUGUCAUCUUAGCCAUAUCCAGAUUGCUUGAUCUAUAGUCCCUGGGCUAAAUCUUUCAAAAAGUCUUCUAAGUUUCUUCAUCACCCUCCUGGUGUGUUAGAAUUUGCCUUCCAGACUCCACAAACUGGUCCCUGAGCAUUGCUACAUCGAAAUCUUUGAAAGAAUACACAGCUCUUCUACCUACUGCAAGCUCUGUUCUAUAUUUGCUUAGAAAGAGUAAGGUUAUGCCUUGUAGGAGCAGCAAUGAGAAGCUCAUAUCUACUCUAUCGAAACAUAGAAUGCAUUGUUGUUAUCACUUGGCAAAUCAAUUGAUCAUUUAUUCUAUU